CCUCUAUUAAGUUUCAAACGUCUCUGCCUUCUGUACUGAGCAGCUCACACCAAAACAGGAGGAGUGGAUGGAAAAACACACAGGCAGUUCUAUCAUCAAUCAUCUGAAGAUAAUGUCCCCCAGGUCCCAGAGUCACCGCUGCUCUUGUUUAUUUUAACUUGAUAUUAUUUAACAAUCCAUUACAUUCUAUUCCGCUCGCACGGCCCAGCAAUAUUUUAUCUGAUCAAUCCACACUUGAAAGUGGGCGCAGCCGCUACCCCUCUCACCCUGGAGUCUUAAAAUCACCAUGUGGUCCAACUUCUUUGUGCAGCAGGAUGAGGAGGGUCGUAUCGGGGUGGCAGGAGCUGGUCAUGGCGCUGGUCAUGGCACAGGUUUGGGCGGAAUGAAAGGUGGAAGGGGGCAUAGACGUCAGCCCAAAAUGAGCGACAGCCAGGAGGGGAAGAUCAAGCUGGCAUUCUUCGUAGCCAUUGUUGGCGUGACCCUGACAGUGUUGGGCAUGGGGACAGAGUUUUGGGUGGAGUUGGCCCAACCGAAACACUUCAGCGGCAACCACACCUGCCAGAUGGCUCAUUACGGCCUGUGGAAGGCAUGCGUUCACACUCUGUGGGUGGCGGAUAUCGAUCCUGAGAGGACGAGCUGUGGACCUGCUGAACUACCUGGAGAGUCCAACUGCACCUACUUCAAAUUCUUCACCUCCGGGGAAAACGCGGUCAUAUUCAAGAAGACAACAAACAGGAACUUAAAUCUUGCAGCGGCCGUCCUCGCCCUGAUCAGUCUGACCCUUAUGGUGAUGGGCUCCAUCUGCAUCAUCAUGUCCCUCAGCAAAGGAGUUCCAUUCUUCCUAAAACCAGCGUCCUUCUGCUUCAUCCUGUCAGGUGUCUUGGUGCUUCUGUCCAUUUUGAUCUUCCACCAGUCGGUAUUGGCACUAUUGUCCAGUGAUCACACUGUCCCUCUCCACCAUGAGCUGUCCUGGUCUGUGGUUUGUGUUGGUGCUUCAGGAGCGCUUCUUAUAGUCGGAGGUCUUCUUUUCAUCAUUCUGUCUCUUCCCCAGAGCUUCUGGCAGAAAUGUUGGCCACAUAAGAAUAGCGCCACCUAGCAGUUCAUUCUGAAAGGCGCCGUCAGAAACUAUUUUCAGCUGGUUUUACAAAAUGAAACUUUCACCCACUUCCAUUGAGUUCAGAUGAAGGGAAGGGGAACUGGAAAGAGUCAUGAUGAGAAGUUAAAAAGGAUGGGCAAAAUGCUGCUCUGAAGUUUUUAAUGUCCUUGUACAUUUGGGGCACCCUAAUGGAAACCUUAGGGGGAGCGACAGUGCAAGCAUGUGACCUGCAGCUGCUCUCAGUCUGGGUUCAUUUUAUGCAUUUUGUUGAUGGUGCCACUACAUGACACACAUCAAGUUUAGAAAAUCUCAGGUGUGAGUUAGAAAAAUGUGGUCAAUACAUAUAUACAAUAUGAGGCAGUGCAACAAAAUAUAGUCCUUGUACUUAAAAAAAGGUGCCCUGAAGUAAGUUUGAAAUGAACAUUCAUCAGAUUUGAGUUUCUGUUGGUACUCAGGAUGAAGUGCAUUUUCACAAGGUGCAACCACACCUCCCAUGGUUCACUACGUGGUUCUUGGAUUUCAGAGUGUAUCUGGAGCUGAGCUUGCACGUCCACUUCCUUUUACAUUUCGGCAUGCUUCUUGCCAGUAGCUCUGCCAGGUCUUAAUCAAUCACAUUUUGGGAAGUUACAAAUCAGAGUGCUUUCGCUGGUGAAUGAAGUUGUGUUUUCUAAGUCCUGUUUAGCUUCUAGUCUUGUUUACAUGGUACAAACCAUCCCAUUGGCUGUUCCCCAACCUCCACUAGGUCAUUUUAAAGCACGUUUCAUCUGCAUCCUGCCCCGCCCCCAGACACAGUUUAUUUUAAGUGGAUUUCUGACAGUUUUGUAGUUUAAACAAGUGAGCAAGUUGAUUGCUAUUCUAAAAAACUAAAUUUAAAGCGUCUAUUUUCAGUUUUAUGUCUGUUUUUUUUUUAGUUGAAUGCGACAAUGCUUGGUAAACUGUGAGAGGAUUUUGUACUUUUCACUUUAUAAUGAUGUACAUAAUGUGUUUAUAUUGAUAAGAAGGUUUGUGUCACGCUGUCUCCAGUUGUAUUGCCAACAAUACUCAGUAAAAAAAACACCUUCCACUCUAGGUCGUGUUGAGCGUCUUUGUUUGACAUCUGUGAA